CCCUCAAACUCUGCUGAAGCCUGCCAUAAUGUUUGAGUUAUUUCACGUGUUCCACAUCUCAUCUUUUUUGGUCAUAUGGUAAAAUGUAUGGAGGAAGGAAGUCUGUAUAUGUGUGAGGUAUUACUCAAUAAUAUCACUGAUGACUUGCCUGAUAAUAGACGACAACUUUAACAGGCUGAUUCCAAACAUGCUUGGAUGAUCAAGGAGCAAAGAAAUAAUGCAAUAAUUGCCUUUUACACUUUGUGUGCUCUUGAUUUGCUUCUGCUCCACUCAAUGAGUUGUUUUUGGAGUCUUGUGUUUCAACGUGGCAGAUCUUUGACGGCUCUGAUAAGAUGAGACAGACGGAACUGACCAAUUCUGGUGCUUGUCACUGUUGGUUCAUUAGACUUGAUGUCACCUGCGUUUCUGCAUAACAGACCAAUAUAACUUCCACAGUCCAAAACCUGUUAUGUGGAAACAAAGACAGAAACUCGAACAGUUUCAAGGGUACAGAAGCGUUUAACAUGGACUGUGAUAUAAUGCUGUUUGAGUCGGCAGCAGAAGGAGGAGGUGGAAGAGAAGAGGAGGCGGUGCCGACAUCCCCCACGGGACAGGCCGAGAGACCCACGCUGCUAACAGGUGUGUCUGAGGAGGACGCACCGCUCCAAACUGCUCCGGCUACCCCCUGGCGUUUCCCUGGCUCAUUGUUGCCGGCGGAUCCUCAACCAGCCCACAUAUCAGGGUGUUUGUUUUCGCGAAGACCCAUAUUCUAUUAAAAUGGACUUUGUGUUGAUCUGCUCCGUUACCUUCACCUUUCUUUAGAUCCGGUUCAGCCCGCCGAGAGAGAGGCUCUUCUCACGCCGACGACACUGGAAAGCCAUUUCAUUCUCGUCGGGAAAUACCCAGUUGUUCCUAUUUGAACCCCUUUUCGACAUGACCACGAGGAAAGACGCGGUGACUCCGUCCGCCAAUGGACACAGCCAGAACCAGCAGCGGAGCCCCAGCUGCUUCAGCGGGGUUCCAGGGAGCGAGUCGGCGGACGGAGGGGCGGAGAUGUUCGGGGAAUUUAAGGAUUGGUGUCUCCGGACCUACGGGGACUCUGGCAAAACCAAGACCGUGACUCGCCGCAAGUACAAUAAAAUCCUGCAGACACUGCUCCAGGGGGACGAGGAGAACAGCAACGGAGUGUUCCUGCACGAGAAAAGCAGCAUUCAUAUCAACGCCAAAUUCAAAUUCUGGGUCAAGUCGAAGGGCUUCCAGGUGGGAACGGUGCAGGACGGGAAGAACGGAGCCUCAGACAGACUGGUGCUGUAUGUGCCCAUCAAAGCGACGUGUGCAGACAGUGUCUCUGGCGAAGACUCGUCCCUGAAGAGAGUUGCUGUGGUGGAGGAUUUCUUUGACAUCAUCUAUGCCAUGCAUGUGGAGAUCAGCAGUGACCCCGGGAAGGCACCGAAGCACGCUGGACAGAAGAAAACCUACAAAGCUAUUGCAGAGACGUACGCCUUCCUGCCCAGAGAGGCGGUGACUCGCUUCUUGAUGAGCUGUGGAGAAUGUCAGAAGAGGAUGCACAUCAGCACAGCAGGUCAGGAUUUCAAAGAGAACGACUGGCCGAGCUCACUGGCUCCAGAAGCGAUCGACUACAACAUGCCGCUCACCACCACCUACAUGAAACAGAUGAAGAUGCAGUGCACAAACAGCAACAGGGAUGACAGUUCAGUGAGCAGCGAGGAGGACGCAGAGAUGAGCGAGCCCACGUGGCUAGCAGCUGAUGUGGGAGCAGCGUCUGACCUAAGCUCCCCGAACCAAGUGGAGAGGAUGCGCCAGAACACACACAUCAAGGAGGAAGACGACGAUUCUUCCUCAGAGAGUGGCAGUGGGAACGGCCUCCCUGCCCUCACCCCUCCCUCCUCCGCUGUAACUGACGGCACCCUUGUCAGAGAAGCCGAGGUGGUCAACGGUAACGGCGGCCCGGCGCCACUGGACUUCAGCACGCCGACAUCCUCGUCGUCAGAGGACCAGCAGCCCAUGAACCUGAGCGACCCCCCACCGCAGCGCCACCCCCUGUCCAGCGCACACCUGCCCAUUACUGUGUCCGCGGCGGCGGCAGCACUGCUUGGUGCCCUUCACCCCAGUGCCCCAGAGGAGCUUCGGAGGAAGUACCCGCUUGCGGCAAAACCUCCGCUGGCCCCACACCCCACCCUACCUCUGCCGCUGUCGCACACACACACGCCUCACUCCCACAAUUCACACACGGCCGGCUCACAUGCUGCUGAGCUCAGACUGGACAGAGAUGGCCGAGACUAUGGUGGCAAGUCGCCUCAAUUCAGUUCCGGCGGAAGCUACGACAGUGUGAAGAUGGAGUUGGGAGCUGAGGACCUGACCAUUGGUCGUCACGGCAGCCACGUCACGCCCGACGACGAUGACGACGACCACGAUGACCACGACGACAACGACAAAAUCAACGACACAGAGGGAGUCGAUCCCGAGAGGCUAAAAGCAUUUAAUAUGUUUGUGCGCCUGUUUGUCGAUGAAAACUUGGAUCGCAUGGUUCCCAUAUCCAAGCAGCCGAAGGAGAAAAUCCAGGCCAUCAUCGAGUCCUGCAGCAGACAGUUCCCGGAGUUCCAGGAGCGUGCCCGCAAGCGCAUCCGCACCUACCUCAAGUCCUGCCGACGCAUGAAGAAGAACGGCAUGGAGACUCGUCCGACUCCUCCUCAUCUCACCUCAGCCAUGGCUGAGAACAUCCUGGCAGCAGCCUGCGAGAGUGAAUCACGCAACGCCGCCAAGAGGAUGCGCCUUGAAGCCUACCAUGACGAGCCGAUCUCCCUGGACAAGCCGUCCAGCGGCGGCGGGGCUCUGCGGGAGCCGGCGUCCCUUGCCCACUCUGCCUACUCCCUGGCCGCAUCCGCCUUCUCCUCCCAGGACACGCCGCUAUACAUCAACGGUGCCGGACUCAGUUACGGGUACCGCGGGUACCUGGGUCUGGGUGCUGCCAUGCAGCACCCCGUUUCCCUGACGACGGCCGCCGUUCAAAGCAAUGGACCCACGGACCUCAGCAUGAAGUCUCUGUCCUCAGUGAACCUCAGCAACUCCUCCUCGGCCUCCAGCAGCCUGGCAGGGCGGGGCAGUGGUGGGGCGGGAGGGGGCGGGGCCUCCACUCAUCUUAGCCAACCGGAGAUCACGGCCGUCCGCCAGCUCAUCGCCGGCUACCGUGAGUCGGCAGCCUUUCUGCUGCGCUCAGCGGACGAGCUGGAGAACCUCAUCCUGCAGCAGAACUGAUUCCAGACACAUCACACUUUAUGUCGGUUGGUGUCUGUGUCCCUCGUUACCGCCUCCUGAACCCCCUGCUUGGUUGACUUUUCCCUCCUUAAUUCAGGAUCUGUUGCUGUCUCCUCAUCUGCCUUGUUCUCUUUAACCGUGGCAACUUUGAAUUUUGGGAGAAAAUGUGGGAAAUUGGGACAGAGGGUGGGUGAUAAUCCCACUCACCCACGACCCCCGAAACAAUCCCCCACAUCCUAAACACUGAGCUGAAGGAGGAGUCUCUUCCUCUCUGGAGCGCCUCACAAUCAGCACUCAGAGGAGUGCAGAGGGACAAAGACGGGAGGAAGAGGAGCACCUAAAGAAGAGCCAGGACUUCUGCUCCGAGGAAAAACACUUUGUUCAGAUCACAUUCUAAAAAGAAAAAAAAAAGCAUCGACUCACUGAAGAUUUCAGUUGGACGCUCAGUGCUGUUGUGAUUUCUCCGUUUUGGGAGUCCGGUGGGCUGUUUUUCGUUCAUGGUGUUUAUUCGGUUCCUGAGACGGCGUUUUAUCUCAAGAGAUAGCACUGACAUGACAACAGACAUGAGGGAAAGACUGAAAAAGAAAAAAAAAAAAAGUAAGAGAGGAACUUUUUGUGCUCGCUUGUAUAUAAGCUCUGUGUCCUCUAGCACUUUUCCUCCCCUGACUGCCCCUCCUCACCUCCUUCUAUCCAGGGAGAUACUUGCUAGUUAUGCAUCCGCGGUGCCAUGUGCAGCACCAGGAAAUACCUCAGAUCAGACCUGCCAACAUCCACACGCACCUGCAGACCUGUUUACUCCGCCUCCUGAUGUCUGACCGCGUCGUCGAAAUCAUAUCCAGAAGCCUGAACCUGCGGGUGUGCGUGUGCGCUGCUGUAUAUAAUCAUCUUGAAAACUUGAGAAGAAUCAGAGCUGUUAACAGGAGUUUCCUUAAUAUGUGUGUGUGCGAGGGUUCGAGUCCUUCCUCGAGCUAAUGUAGACAUAAUACCAACUAAACCUCAGCAUCUCUCUCUCUCUCUAACGCUCUGUCUCUCGCUCUCGUCAUUGGACCUACUCCACAGCUCUGCUCUGGUGGACCUACGCUCGCUCCUCAGGCCUGGUCCAGUCCAGCCUGUCACAGGAGCGCUUUAUCUCUGUUCUUAUUCUGACUCUUCUUUCUGCUGCUAAUCCAAAACCGGACCUUCGCCAUUAGACCUGAAACCUCAACGAAAGCCGGGCUUUAGUUCGCCACAGUGCCCCCGUUCACCUCUGACUGCAGCUCACUGCGAAACCCUCCAGUCUCUUCUUUCUUUAUCGAUAUUCGACUGUGAAUCUUGAAAUACUUUUGAUUUGACUUAUCCUCUCCGGGAUAGUGAUACCUUACACUGUUUCACUGCGACUAAAAUAAUCAAAAUAUUAUUUAUUGUUAUACUUUCUUUUUUUAUGGGUGGAUCGUUUAUUUAUAUGUAUAUGUAUAAAAAAAUAAAGAUACAACAGCAAAUUCUAAUUUGAAAAAAAUCCAGCAUUCCUGACUGAAAAAGGCGGCAAAAAUAUCGCCAAAAAAAAAUCUUACUUCAUUAAAAUCAAUACUUUUGAGGAUGUUCUUUAAUCGCUGCAGCUGCACAUGUAAAUUGGUUUCCUCUCAACGCUGGUGAUAAUCAACAAGUUGGGGCAAAAUUCUCUUGGAAAAAAAAGACUUACGGACACGAUCCCCCGUGUGCAAGAGUACGAAAUGUCAAUCUUUUUUUGACAUGCUCAGCAGAAAUAUGCACUUGUCGUUGUCUGUUGAGACCACAUGACCACAGUUUUGUUUGUCAUUUGUGCCCAAAACAAGAACAAUCUGUCGACCCUGACUUGCUUCUGCUCACUGUGCCCUCAGACACUGCCAUCACUUCGGGUUGCCUGCGGGACUCACACCAGGAGACCAGAUCAGUGCCUCAUUCUUUUUCUCCUAGUUUGCUGCAGCUGUCACACCAGUUAUUGUUUUAUUCAAAUGUAUUUAUAUCUAUUUUUCCCAGACUUGACACAAGCUUCCUUCCAGAUUUGAAUUAAACGUGGAAUCAAACCCACCUUCUUUAAACGGGUUACUUAAAAACUGCGAGAGAACAGACAGGAGAUUAGAUGAAAUCUUUUCCUCUUUAUGUUUAUGCAGAAACAAUUGAACUACCUACAGCGAAGAGAUUUUAUUUUCGUUACACUGACACCACGGACCUGAACUACACGCUAGGCUGCGCUGAUUCUUAGUGACUUCACAACUCCUAAGUUAAAUGAAGGAUCCCCUUAAAUCUCGAUGCCAACUGGAAAAAAAGCAAAUGACAAUCUUAGGAAAGGUGUAAUUUGCUGCGCGAACGUUCUCCUGACGUCAGCUUCAGAUCUUCUUUAACGUUAAAAGGUGUCCUCGUAAACUGCACACUCCAAACAUGGAUGUCAACACUCCUGGGCCUGACCGCCGUCAUGGCGAAGAAAACCUCAUUUGUUUCUACUCGACAACAUUCCAAAAAGUUUCUUGUUGAAAUAUUGUUGAAGUUUCUUUACAAGGCGAAGGGGGCAGGGUCAAAGGUCACAUGGAAUGUUGGGAGAUGCCACUCCCAUGCUGCCGGUCAGGUCCUGGGGGAAAAAAAACAACAACAAAAAAAGUUGUUUUUUUAAUUUUUAUUUUUCUACUGUACAGCUGCUUAGUUUCCGUAGUGGUGCUUUUCUUUGAUUUUUUUUUUUUUUUUUUUUGGAUGUUAUUCCCGCUCCUGAUUUUUGCACCAGACUCUUGAUUGUCUUGAUUUUCGGCACCGAACACUUAAACCAAUGUGAAACCUUGUUCCCCUCCAGUUCUUUGACUCAGAUGAAGUGUGAUGUUUACAUGUACAGAUUUUUUGCAGUCUUUUGUUUGUUUGGUUCCCUGGUUCAUCUCUCGCCUCGCUUUGCUCCCCCUGCAUCCACGUGUCUUUCCUCACGCACGGAAGGGAAAUGGGACUGUGAUUGAAAUCUCGCUCACAGACACAUUUGCAGCUCUAGAAAUACGUUGUUAGCAUCAAUGUCUAUAGCGGUGGUCAGAACAACGGGCUAGCAAUGAUGGUUUUCUUCAUAACACAUUAUUAGUGAAGUGAAAUUCAAGUUUGUUUUGGGAAAGUUGGAGCUGAUUCCUCAGUGAAUGAUAAGCCAUUACCGACCCAGCGUGUUGGGGUCGAAGUAUAUUAGUAUAUUUAGCGAAAGUCAAAACUGCAGAUGACAAAACUCAACCUCAGGAAGAUAAUAAAAGGACAUCACUUUUGUAAGAACUUGUAUCUGAAGGCCCAUUUCCCUCUCUCUUUGAUACCAUUUAAAUAUAUCAAAUCUCUUUUUAUAUUUGUUGUGUUCAUUCUUAUUAAGUAUAGAACCGUGGACCUUUUUCUGUAUCUGUGGCUGAAUAUUUUGAUUCUUUAGAAAAGUGUUGAUAAUUCUAUGUACUUGAUGAUCAAGAAAAAAUGUGAUAAAAAAAAAAAAGAACCUGGCUUUUUUCCGUUCUGUUGAUAUCUGUUGAUGGUACGUUCGUUCAACCCAACAAAGAGAACAUAUCACUCCGGUCUGAGAUGAAGAAACCAAUGAUAUAUAUAUUUAAAAAAAGAACCCUGAGCUUUCUUUUGUGUGAUGUCACUGAUGCGGCUGAAAUGUUUCUGGAGUUGAAAAAAACAAAGUUGUGAGCAUUUAGUUUGUUUGUUUUUUGUUUGUUUUCUCCGGAGCUGUUCGUCACGAAGCUAAAUAUACUAAUAAAACUGUGUGCUAAAUAUCAGAUCAUGUCAUUUUCUUUUCAG